GUGGGUGCUGGUGGCCUAUGAAUGGGGCUGAGCGUGCACCCCACCACCACACCUGCCUCUGCACCCGUGGGGACUAUGCGUUGCACAACCCUGAAUGCACUAGCCGGUGGUUUGCGAGAACAGGGAAGGGGGCGGAACGUCGGCAGGGGGUCAAGGGGGGCUCAGCAUGCCCCCUCCCUUCCGCAUCGCUGUGCUGGGGGCGCAGGGUGUGGGCAAGACUGCCAUCGUGCAGCGCUUCCUCCACGAUGACUACAGCGAGGCGCCUGUCCCGGCAACCAGCCGUGCCCGCCAGGUCCACCUGUCGGCUGCCGUGCUCAAUGGCCACGUGCACAACUUGCAGAUCACCGACUAUCCUGCAAUCACCAGUUUCCCCUGCAGCUCACUGCAGGAGUGGACAGACACCUGCUGCAGAGGAAUCCGCAGCGCUCACGUCUACAUCCUGGUCUAUGACAUCUGCUGCUUCGACAGCUUCGAAUACGUCAAGACUAUGCGCCAGCAGAUCCUAGAGACCAGGGUGGUGGGCACAGGCGACACACCCAUCCUGAUUGUGGGAAACAAAAGGGACCUGCAGUGGGGGCGUGUCUUCCCCCGCCAUAACGUGUCCGACCUGGUUAGGAAGAACUGGAAGUGCGGCUACGUGGAGUGUUCAGCUAAGUACAACUGGCACGUGCUGCUACUGUUCGGGGAGGCUAUGCGCAGUGUGGUCUGUGCCCGCUGCAAACACGUCCAUGCCACCAUUCGCUUUCAACGGGCACUGAGGAACGAACGCUGCGCCCUCAUGUGAUUUACUCAGUGACGAGGGAUGGGCACCGGAGUGGCAUUGGGGGCCAUUGGUACAGAAAACCUCCUUAGAAACAGCUGAGAAUUAUUGAUGAUCACUUUGACUGACUACCAUGAGUGACCACGUUUCUGCCCAAUGUGAAACUACAGUAUUAAACACCCCUCUGUUUUGCUGCUGAUAUAUGAUG